AUUUUAUUUCAGUUCAAAUAUUCUUAUAAAGAUAUGGGUUGCGGAUCAUCCAACGGGGCUGACGAUCCUUCAAAUGAUAAGGUUAACUGGAACGACGCCGAGAUCGACGAAGAGUUCAAGAAGGAAGAGAAUAAUAUUAACUCUAAGAGAAAGGUAUUCGACAAGAGCCAAAAUAAAAUGGUAGAAAUUGAUGCUCCACAGAAUGACAGAGAGUUUGACUUCUUUGAAGGUGCUGAUGCUGGAGCUGGAGAACAAUUCAUGGCUGUCAGACCUUACGAAGGAGCUAUCGAAGAGCCAGAGGAGCACAAUGAUGUUAACAAUGAUGCUCCAGACGUUGAAUACGAGCUUGAAUACGUCUAUGGAUACAGAGCUGAAGACAGCAGAAUGAACUGCUUCUAUAACGCUGAUGGUAAUGUUGUUUACUUCACUGCUGCUUUGGGUGUGAUUCUUGACCAAGGAUCCAACAAGCAGAAAUUCUUCGGAGGUGGUCAAGUAGACAAUGCUUCCAAGAAGGUUGCUAGAGAUGACCUUGGACAUACAAAUGAUAUCACUUCCAUGGAUGUCUCAAGUUGCAGAAAGCUUGCCGCCACCGGACAGAACGGAUCUAAACCAGUCGCUUUCGUCUGGGACUCCUCCAGUGGAGAAAAGAAAGCUAGGUUCAAGCUUAAGAAGGGAGGAAGAGAGAUCACCGCCAUUGCUAUCUGUCCACAAGGAAAAAUGGUGGCCAUGACUGACAACAGCAAUGACCACAACUUGUCUGUUUAUGACAUUGCUACUGAGAAGAAGGUUGCUGGUGAUAAGACUGGUCCAGACCGUAUCUAUCAUAUCUCUUGGUCCAAGAAAGAAGGUGAGGCAGUGAUUGCUACCGCAGGUUGCAAGCAUAUUGCUCACUGGGAUCUUGACAGCAAAUUCAAAAAGAGGAAGGGAGUCCACGGUAGUGCUGGUAAACCAACCUCCCACUGUGCUGUCGCUUGGGAUGACCAAGGUAACUGCUACACUGGAGGUGCCAACUCCAGGAUCUACCACUGGAAGUUCGAAUCAUGCUUCCAACUCCAGAAGACUUAUGAUGUGCACGGUAAAGGUUUCUGCUGCUCCAUUAGAUGGUGUGAUGGAAAAAUUAUUUCAGGAGCUAAAGAUGGAAACGUUGUCAUCUCAAAUCCAGAAACAGGAGAAGCUGAGAGAACAAUUGACGUAGGAUGCUUGGUGAGAUCUGUGGAUAUGGAUGGAUCAAACAUCGUUGCUGGGCUUAGAAACGGAAACAUCAUCGAGAUUAACUCUGGAGGCAAAAUCACUGAGAUCAUGAACUCUCAUAGUGAUGGUGAAGCUUGGGGACUUGAUAUUGAUUCUUCAGGUACCAUAGUAACAUCAGGAGAUGACAAUCAUCUCUACUCUUGGAGCAUCAAAGACAAAAAGAGCACUGGCCAUGGAGAAAUUUGUGAUGAAGAUGCUGGACCUAAGAAGGGUGGAGCUAGCUCAUUGACUUCAUACGCUGCAAGCAAGUGCGCCAGAGCUGUUGCCAUUAACUCUGCAGGAAACGGAAAUGUUGCUGUGGGCCACAACGACGGCAGAGUCACCAUCAGAGACAGCGCGGGUGAUUUACAGACCAUCCGCCACACACUCAACGACAGCGACGAGUGGAUUGAGGCCAUAGCCUAUUCUCCAUGCGGAGGAAAGUUGGCUGUGGGAUCACACGACGACAACAUCUAUGUGUACGAUGCGAGCGACCUAAAGCUGAUUGGAAAGGGAACUGCCCAUAACUCGUUCAUCGUUUCAGUUGACUGGAGUGAAGAUUCAUCAUACAUUCGUUCUGUAUGUGGAGCUCAUGAACUUCUCUUUUUUAAAGUCUCUGAUGACGGUGUCGAACAAGACCAAAGCGGAGCCUCUAACACUAAAGGAAUUAAAUGGCACACAAGCCAUGCAAAAUACGGUUGGCUCGUUACUGGAAUUUUCCCAGCUGGAACUGACGGUACUCACAUCAAUGAUGUUGAUUUCUCCCACUGUGGUGGAUUGAUUGCCACUGGUGAUGAUUAUGGACUAGUAAACGUGUGGAGAAACCCAGCACGUAAGGGAGCUAAGCCUAUCUCUCUAAGAGGUCACUCUGAGCAUGUCGUCAGAACAAGAUUCACUCAUGAUGAUUCCCACAUCAUUUCCAUUGGGGGUUACGACAAAACUAUUAUGCAGUGGAAGAAGAAAUAA